UCACCUACGUGUGACAUCUGCCUUUUUGACCUGGGGAAAACUUCGAGGGAGUUCGGAUCUUGCAGUGGCGGGAAAAAACUGGGCCGUCUCUAAGCAACCUGGUAGAGAGGAAAAUUAAUUAGAUUACAUAAACCGGAUGUCAUUAUGGCGUAUCUCGUCAUGCCGAUAGGUCGGACAGGGCCGCACGAAAAUGACGAUGGAGAACAGCAGCAGGCCUAAUGAGAUAUCCGCUGAUGCAGAGAUUCACCAUCCCUGUUUCUUCUGGAGAAAACUCUAGGUCUUUUUGCUGGCCUGGAUGGAAGAGAAGUACCCUUGAACUGGAUGGUAGAAUUUCUUCUAACUUCCGGCGCGAAUCUUAUCAACUACUACUUGAUUUGUAUUCCGAAGUUAGGUCUUUUGGGCAUAAUUACUUUCCUCGUCCUGACUGUCCGACGCAUGCUGCUGGAGUUAUUGGUGCUGCAAACCAAAAUAGGCCAAACCCUUUUAUAAGGGAAGGAAUUUCGGGGCUGGAAUUUGACUCCAAGGGCAUCUAUGUGGCGUCCGUUACCAAAUCUGGAUGUUUAACUGUGUUGGACUUUGAAACCUUGUAUUGCUCAGUUUAUGGCCCAUAUUCAAGUUUGUGUGAAGAUAAAACAAAAUGUGUGCUUCACAUUUGUACUUCUAGGCCAUUAGAUGCUGUUCGUUGGAAUCCUGCAAAUCAAGACGAGAUUUGCUGUGUAUCUAGAAGCAAUAAUAUGGUUCAUCUCUAUGACAUUGGUUAUGUAUCUACGGAUCCCAUUGAAGUCUUAGAGAAAGGGAAGCUGAAGUUUUCUCUGCCUGAAGCUUUUAAUGGCUUAUCCGAUAUUGCCUUUGCUUCAGCUGACAAAUCAAGGUUGCUUGCAUCUGGAUUGGAUGGUGCUAUUUACAUAUGGGAUAGGCGGCUCAGCAAUCUUCCAUGCCAAAGACUGAAUUCUAGCUUUCAGAGCCCUCUUAACAGCAUUGAAUUAGAUAUUGAAGAUCGGAUUAUUUUUGGAGCUAAUCAACAAGGCAUCAUAUGUGCUUGGGAUCUUCGGGGAGGCAGAUCAUCGUUUGCUUUUCAAAGUCAUAAAGAGGAUUGUUGCCCACUUCUUACAUCUUUGAAGGUAUCGUCAAUGUUGGAGAAAAUAUCAGCUUUAAAGGAACAAUCAAAUAUAUUACCAAAAGAAAUUCACUCCAUCAAAUUGGAUCCUUCCUGCUCUUACCAGUUAGCUUUCCACCUUGAUGAUGGCUGGUCUGGAGUUCUGAACCUUAAUAAUUUAAAUGUGACGCACGUGCACUGCCCUCCUCCUCCUUGGUUGGAUGGCAUUGAUAAACCUGUUGCUCCAUGCUUGAGAAGACCAACUUGGCUGGAUUCAAAUUCGGUCUAUGCAGUGGGGUCUUCCUCUGUUAAUGGAGUUUAUCUGCUAGAUUUCUUUCCAGACGGAAGCUCAGCUUGCAAUGUAGAUAACAGUGAUGCACCAAACAGUGUUUCGGUUGUAAGUAAAGGAGUUGGCAGAAACAGAUUUAUUCCUGUCUCAGAUACUGUUCUAGCUUGUGCUGUCCAUCCCCAAAAUGGCACCAUCAUUGCUGGAUCCAAGCAAUCAUCAUUAUUGAUGAUUUCUCGAACGCAUCAAACUAAUGAUGAGGGUCAACCGCAUGAAAGCUGUUAAAUGCCAGCUUUCCAAUCAUCUUUCCACCAUAACCAACCUGGAGAACAGGAAGAUCCAAUUAAAGUUCCGUUGGAGGUUCGGCAAAACAUCGAGUGAUUAAUUUCAUGAGCUUUCUGCUUCCAUUUUUAGGUGAAGAUUCUUUGUAAUUUACAUCAAAAUGCUCCUUAAUUAGUGGAAUUGAUUCAUGUAAAAUUUAGAAGGCAUUGUUGAUGUAUUAAAUUAACAACAUCAAUGUGUUGUUGAGGUCUAUUUUAAGCACA